GUGAGUCACUGUUGGAUAUUUGCAGUGGUCAGUUCAAGGCUAAAAAGGCUGUUUUGCUUUCAGUAAUAUUUAACUGGAUAGUUUUGGCCACACCCCACAGUAACCAAGAAACUGCUACUGUACUGACUGUGGGGAAACAUGAUUUCUGUUCAGCCUCUCUGAAUACUGCAUAACUCAUCCUGGAAUAUUCAAGAACAAUGGCCUGACUGUUUCUCUGGCAAUAUGCGUGGCCACAUCCUUCAGCUGUGUGUAAUCCAAGCUGUAGCCUCUUUUAUCCAUCUAGAACCCAAGAAUGUUACUGUGUUAAGAGGCAGUGAGGUUCACUUUAACUGCAGCACUAAUGAAUCCUGGGAUGUCAUGACGUGGCUGUUGGGUGGAAGAACAGUCCUCACCAUCUCAGUGGAACAUGGUCCUCUGGGUGGAGAUGAACAUGUGUCCACAGUCAAUCACUCCAUCUCAUCUCUUUCCAUGUGGGAGUUAGUUUUGAUGAACGUUUCCUUCAGACCCAUUGUACAGGAAGUCAUAUGUGAACUGCUGCCUACAAGACUUGACAGAUCAUCAUCAGCCCUGUUUGUACAAGAAAAAGGAAAUGUCAGGAUUUUGGAGAGUGAUCUGUCAGUUCAAGAGGGGAUGCUUGUCACCUUCCAUUGCCAAGCGAGUGGCUGGUAUCCGGACCCUUCAGUGUCCUGGGUGGUCAAUGGCACCACUGUGGACAGAGACGACUACAACACCAGCAGUCUCCAGGACCCCAAUGGCCUUUUCAACUCCACCAGUGUGCUUCAGAUAAAAGCAGAGACAAGCAGCACAGUGGAGUGUUGGGCAUCUGUGUCUGCCGCUGUAGCCCACCAAAACAGCAGUGUCAAGCUGACUGUAGCGGCACCGAAAGCUCCACAGGACUACACAGUUGUGAUCGCUGUGAUAGUGUCUGUGUGUACGAUCAUUCUGCUGGCAGUGCUCAUCCUGAUCUUGUUCUAUAGAAAAAAACUGACAAAAUCAAGCUCUGAAAAUAAAGUCAGCUCCUCCUCAUGGACUGUCAUUUUAAGCAGUCGUCGGAAGUCUGUUGCUGAUGAAACCAGAGGAAAAGUUAACCCAGGAUACCACGCCGAAGACAUAACAAGUUCAGGACACCAUGACCUCAGGAAUAGAGCUGACAGCACGAUAAACAUCAUCAGCCCUCCACGGGUUCCUGAUAUUGUCAUUUUCAGCACUCAAAAUCAGAAAGAGGAAGAUUUUUCUAACCUCUACUCUAAGGCAGCAAAGACAAUCCGCCGAGUCACCACUGUUUGACCUCAGGGUCGACCUCACAUAAACCUCCCACUGCAAGAAAGAAACAAAGGUCAUUUAUGCUGAAAAUGAAGAUGCA